UGAAUGAAUAUUUCCUGAGUACUCACUGAGUAACAAUACUCAGAAAUUGUUAGUAGUACCAAUAUGAGUACUCAUGGACGAAUUAUGAGUAAAGUCGUACUCAUCGUAUGAGUACUUUCACUAGGGUGUGUUCUAGUCUCGUCGCCACCAGACAUGGAAUGACCCUGGGCAAGUCAUUAACGGUUGUUUGUCUCGGAUCAUCCGUCCGACAGCAAGCUGACUACGUUUUGACAUACAUCAGCCCUCGUAGCUAUUAUGUGGUUAGUUAGUGUGUACGAGGAGCUCAUGCAAUUGUACGAAAGAACUCGGAGUCAGACUGGCCUUCAAUCCAGAGCUACUGCUAGUAUUAGUUGUAGGGAACAUAUCGGGCUUACGAAACUGUCUCCGGACAGCACCCUAUACCGCGAGGUAGCCGAAAGGCGGAGUAUUCUUCCUUAUACUUAUUCUUUGAUGAGAACGAUGUACACUCCUUUAUCCUGAAAUAUGCACAUUGUAAAAAAAACAAAGUAUGCUCAGAAAUGUGUAAAACAUCUAGGUGGUCACUGGAGGACAAAAAGCGUGUAAAGUCUUUUAGUGAGUAAACGAAGUAUGCCCAUUUCAAAACGUGUAGAAAUUUUUUAUUAUUUUCGCUUUUUGCUGAGAACUACUAUACUAAAAAAACUAAUUCCAGAAUCAUAUCUUUGUAUACAAAAAGAAAUAUGUUUGGAGCAUAAUUAGGUAAGUGGUUCAAGACGGUCACUGAGGAACAACUAGCGUUCACUUUAAAUGUGUUAACUAAUUAUUUCUACCAAGAAUAAAUACUUGUACUUUGCACGCUAUAUAUAUAUUGUGCCGUAUUUGACAUGAUACUCUUAAAUAUCACGCGACCAUUAAGAAAAGCGGUGUAUUUUAUUUGAAAAAUAAUAUGAUUACACGUCUAUUACAGCACAUACAAAAAAUAUAACUUCAGAUCGUUUAUCUACAAUCAGAGAUACACAUGCACUAAUAUGUUCGAGUACAAGUACUUUACUCCCGAGAAAACAUAGUAGGAUUUGUUUCACGUCUGCUAGUAGCUAACAGAUUUAUUGAAAGAAUUAAAAAAUGAAAUAAAUUAUUAUUGCAGACAUUUCAUAUAUCAAACUGUAAAUUAUUUUUCGUCCCAUAUCUGUUCGUGAACUCUUAAGAUAUCAAUCAAAAUUCAACUACGUGAUGUUAUUUUUGACCGUAUUUUCAACCCAUAAAUAUGUCGAUAUUAUUAACUUCUUUUUUUUUCAAGUAAAAAUAAAUGUUUAGUCAAGUACUCAAGUACUUUUCUCAGUACUCGUAAAAAAAAUGUCGAAUACAAAUGUGAUACUAAACGUUUUUUGGCCUUGCUACAGUUAUUGUGGAGAUGAAUGCCAUUUUUCUGAAACUGUAGCAUCACGCAUGAGAAUGAGUGACUGACUCGAGAGAGAAAAACCAAAUAGAAAGAAAGAUAUAGAUAAAGAGAGAAAAAAUGAAGAAAAGAAGAGUUUUCUCUAGUGGAAAGGAGUAUAGCUAUUAGACUAUAGAUCUAUCUAUACUACCUCUUUUGUUUUCGCUCAAAGAACACAUUCCUUAACGUUGUUAUCAGUUUGUUUUUUCUAGUAUCGAUGUACAUGAAUAUAACAGGUUUAUUUUUACUUUAUGUUAGAAGAACGUGGGAUCCAAACAUGAUAACAUGAUUAUAUAAUUUCUUAACAGAAAUGAUCGAUGUACUAUACUAAACUAUAACAGAAAAGAGAAAAGAAAAAUAUAUAUAAAGAAAUCCUUGCUUUUCUUCUAGAUUCUAUUCAUGUGAAUAGCACGUUUAACUCGGAACAGAGUUGUCUGAGAAACAGAGUUGUCUUUUCAAAUUAUACAGGAAGGGAGAGCAGCGAGAAAUAAAUAAAAAUAUGAACCUACAUGAAUAACUUUUUACUGUGCUUAGAUCACUUGUACUUCAUUUUUUUCGAGAUGUAAUUUUUCUUCAUUGGUAAUCAAACAGUUCACACAUCAAGUUUUAUUAUAUUAUUUUCAUAGUUUUUAUUCAUGUAAAUUAGCGCUUGUUAUGGAUUCAUUACCUGAUAUUAACAUUAAAUUAUCAUCACCAAUUCCAGUAAGUACUACCAUCUCCACAACUACCACUACAACAACUGAAAAUGAUAACAAGAAUAAAUGUCUUAAAAUAUUCCAUAAUAGACACCUAUUACUUUGCGCUAUGUAUUUUGCAUUGGCCUAUUUUAUUCAAGGAGUAACUGAUAUAGCAAGCGGUUUUGUGAAUCUUCCUCUACAAACAAUUCUAAAAGAUUAUUUAAAAUUACAUCCAUCAGAAAUGUCUGCAUUUUUCUUCUUCUGUACGAUCACAUGGUCAAUCAAACCAUUGUAUGGUCUAUUGAGCGAUUUCGUCCCCAUAUUGGGUUAUCAUAGACUAAUCUAUCUAUUAGCAACAACAAUAAUUAAUUUUAUAUCAUGGAUAGCAUUAUUCGUUUGUCCAUUAGAAUAUGAUUAUUUAUUAUUGUUUUGUAUACUAUGUGCAUUCAGUCUCGCAUUCAACGAUGUAUUAGGUACUUUUUCUAUUUCAAUAAUAAAGCUGAGAUACAUAGAUCGUAUAUGUGAGAGAGGAUAACAAGAAACAUGACUAACACACAUGCGAGAAUUUUGCCGAGAUAAUAAAUUGAAAGCUGUCUACAUAAUUGUUUUUCUGCCCAUAUUUUGAGAGAAAUUUUGUUAGGUCUAGCCUAUAAAUAGAAUGGCGCUUCUAUGGUGAAACUAUACGUCAAGAUAGAUAAGCCGAUAAAAUGUCAUACUCUGUAAAAAGCUUCUAAAAUCUACAUUUUUCAACCAAAUUGCUUCAAGUUUUCAAAACUCAUUCAAUUUCGCCUACUGUACAGCUUAGGAAUGUUAAAGUUAUUGCUCAUACUGAGGUUUCACCUGAAGAUCUUCAGAAGUUUUCUGGAAAAUCUCGCUCUGCCUUUUGUAGUUCUGGUCAUCAGAUCGGAUAGAACAGCUUUUCUUAUGCUUAUUCUUCAACUUUCAUGCAGUUUAGUUGAAAAAAUAAGAUGCUAGAAGCUUUUUAUUUUACGAGGGAAGGUCCCAAGUGUUACUCUCACUUUUCAAUGGAACAUAUCCUACUUUGUAGAGUUCGAUGAGCUGAUUAUGAUGGUAUAAAGCAUUUUCUCGCAUGGUUCUUGAAGUCUAAAAAAUAACCAAAACCAUUCUUAACGAAGCAUAAUUGUAGCGCGCACAUUUCUGAGUAAAAUGAGACAUCCACCAGCUCUACACGACCUUUCUUUGCAAAGUUAUAGAAUUUAUAACAUACGCCACC